CAACAUAACUGCAUUUGAGUUGAGUAAGCUUUCCCCACCCCCCAGCCCCCUCUAGACUUCAGUUGCUCAACAUAAAGGCACCAUAAAAUAUUUCCUCUCAGAUUCCGCAUAAAGCACUUGCAGAAUUCUUCUGGAGACUUGGAGCUCUUCCACAAUGAAGAGCUUCCUGGCUUUCCUUGUUGCAAUGGGCAUCAUAGUGACCCUGGGCGAUGCAUACUGCUUUACUAAACCUCAGAGGCCCGGGGAUGCCAAAGGAGGCUGUCUCUUGGAUGGAAAACUGUACCCCUUUGGAUGGAUUGAGAGGACAGACACUUGCUUCCAAUGCAGCUGCAGCCCACAUAAGAUGAGUUGCUGCUCCCUCUUUCACACCCCUACCGAUUAUGACAAAGAGAACUGUAAAGUCGUUUUCAACCGGGAAAGCUGUGACUACGACGUGGUGCGGAAGAAUGACCCCUCCAAGAAGUGUGCUGUCUACGGCCGUGUGGGCUGACAGCCCAGCUGCUCCCAACCCCUCUGCACUGUGCAAUUCCUCUCCCCUUCCUACAGAUGCUUUGCCAUCAGAGAAGCUCAAAGACGUGGGAGAUCUCGUGAGAGAGAGCACUUCAGCAUCGCGCUUCUAAUCUCCCAAUUGUUCUAAUAAGAGGCCUAAUCAGAUGCCAUGUCCCAUUUCUGUCAUUACUUGCAUUGGUAUCACUCAGCUUCCCUGAAUACAAUAAAUACGGAUGAAACAC